UGGUCCCUUAUAGAAGGAUGUGUGUGCACGUAGCCGAGUGGGCGGUUUCACUUCGAUUGUCAAUCUUUUAUCGCUUCUCUGUGUGUCACCAACGCUGUACCCUUUUCUCCACACUGCACCAUCAACGACGUCGAGGGACCAUAGGGGAGCACACAGCGACGCAGGGGAACUGAAAUGUAAACGGGAAACGAUUGAUCAUAACCCUCGGACUUGUCAGCCUUUCAUUUCCAGCGGUGUCGCCGUGAGACAGCAGAAACAUAUGGCUCCCUGAAAUAGCUGCUGCGGACCAUAUUGAACUGCAAUUGAUUCACGCCAGAGGGUCAAUAGUGUUAUAAGAUAAAAGCCGGAAAGCUUUCACUCGUGACUAUAGUUUCUAUGAAAUAUAUGUUAUUUUUAUACCGGUGUUUUUGUACGCUUUCGGUGAUCCAGCGCAGCUCCCCAGUCUAACACCCAUAAUAACAAGACUCGGUUUAGCGGGUUGCUUGCUCGGCGAUAAAUUAAAUUAGAUGAAUAAUUCACUCAGAGGAUAGAGGAGUGCGUCGUUUAGCCCAGUCACUCUUCAUCGGCGCCCGUUCGUCCCAGUUUGCCUCGGGAUUGGGUCUCUUCGCCACCGGGAGUUCCCCUACCUCGGCUCGGUCUCGUCGUUGUUCUUCCCGGUGACCUGCAGAAGAGCGAGCUCGCGCUCCUCGCUAACAGAUCAUGUCGGCGGAGUCUGUGUUGAUCCCGGACGACCGGGCAUUCAGCAACUUCAAGGAGGAGUGCGGGAGCGAGGAGGGCUGGAGUCUGACCUACAACAAAACUGGCAUGACGGUGUGGACCCAGACUAUAGGAGGAGACGAGGAGAAGUCACUCCACAAGAUUAAGUGUCGGAUGGCGUGUAAAGACGUGCCGGCUGAGACCAUGUAUGAUGUCCUUCAUGACAUCGAGUACCGGAGGAAAUGGGACGCAAACGUCAUCGAAACCUUCGAUAUCGGAAAACUCACUGUUAACGCAGACGUGGGCUACUACUCCUGGAAGUGUCCCAAGCCGCUGAGGAACCGUGACGUCAUCACGCUGCGCUCCUGGCUGCCCAUGGGCAGUGAUUACAUCAUCAUCAACUACUCUGUCAAACAUGCCAAAUACCCCCCUAAGAAGGACAUGGUACGAGCGGUGUCCAUCCAGACUGGCUACCUGAUCCAGAGCCAUGGACCGGACCACUGCACUCUUACCUACCUGGCACAUGUGGAUCCAAAGGGUUCACUACCCAAGUGGGUUGUUAACAAGUCUUCCCAGUUUCUGGCUCCCAAAGCGAUGAAGAAGAUCAGUAAGGCAUGUCUAAAGUACGGAGAGUGGAAGCAGAGACACAACCCAGGCUUUAAGCCCUGGCUCUACCCUGAGCAGACUACACUUCCCACAAUCCCUGUGUCCGAGCUUAGCAUCCAGCAUGCAGACAGCCUGGAGAACAUUGACGAGAGUACGCUCAGCGAGAUGCAAACGCGGGAGGAGAGAGACAGCGACUAACAUCACACACAACACACUCUGUUUUUCCUCUCCAGUCAGUCUCUUUGUCCUGAAUCACUGCCCUUAUUGUUCAUUAUAACAUGUGUCUCUGGAUCACAUUGUCUGUCUCCUGUAAAGAAUCCUGAACACACCGGUCCGCUCUCUGUUCCUCAACACUACAGAUGUAUGAAUGUAUGUAGAGUUCAAUCUUAAAUACAGAUUCCUACAAAGGUUUUCAUAUUUCA